CACGUAUUUCUAGUUCAGUGCUUGUGCCUGAGGUCAGUUCCAUUUUAUUUUUUUCCAUCAAGAUUUCAUGGUAAAAAUAGCCAAAUAAAUCAUGGAUGGAAGGACUAGAGAGAUAAUUACUCUUCAAUGCGGUCACUAUGCUAAUUUUGUUGGAACACAUUUAUGGAAUAUACAGGAAUCAACAUUCUCUUAUGAAAAGUGCCCUGCACAGAUUAUACCAAAAGAAAUAAACAACGAUGUUCUUUUCAGAGAGGGGCGAACAUUGCAGGGUGAAGAGACAUAUACUCCAAGACUGGUAUGUCUUGAUCUGAAGGGCAGUCUGAACACACUGCGAGCUGAAGGAAUCUUGUAUGACUUAAAAGCUGAAGAGGAUGUGCAUUGGGGUGGUGAUAUCACUCUUCAUAAGAGUAGUCCAGCACACAAAAAUCAGUUUCUGGCUGAUCUUGAGGCUCAAGAUGAGUAUUACCUUCAGGGAGAGCCAAGAGUCGAAGAUGAUGAAGAUAACCUUUCAACUCCUGACAUGGAUACCUCAGAGGUCAAUGCAGAUGACCCAAAGGAUGAUGACCCUCCAUCGUUGAAGCACUAUCAUCUUGAUGACGAUGUUCAUGUGUGGUCUGAUUAUCUACGUAGCCAUCUUCAUCCCAAAAGCGUAUCCAUCAUUAAAGAGUAUUCACAUGACAGUAGUGUUGGUGGAUUUGACUUGUUUACACAAGGGCAGAAUGUCUUCAGUAGAAAGGAUGUUUCAGAUGAAAUCGAGGACAGGAUCCACUUUUUUGUAGAAGAGUGUGAUCACCUUCAGGGAUUUCAAGUCUACUUAGAUUUUUGUGAUGGCUUCUCUGGUCUUGGUUGUGGCAUCUUACAAGGGUUAGGUGAUGAGUAUCAUGGGAAAGGGAUCUUUGCUGCUGGAGUUGCCCCAGCUGUCUUUGAUGAUGAGAAUCCAUUAUUAGAUUCCUAUAGGAUCCUGAAUUCUGUCUUGUCAUUCAGCAGACUGGUUACUCACAGUUCAUUCUUUGUACCUCUAUCACUUGCAUCUACUCUAUGGAGGAAAGUAGGGCCACCACUCUCUUUUCCUCAUCUUAUCUACAAGCCAUCCAUGUCCUAUCAUACAUCAGCUAUCCUUGCUAGUAUUUUGGACACAGCUACCCUGCCUCUAAGAACAGUAGAUAGUUCGGUAACUCUCUCCAUGAUGACGGAUGCAUUAGGGGCCAGAGGACGAAAGAUUGGAAGUCUUCACACCAACUACCCCCUUUCCUUCCAUUCUUCAUCAACGCUUGCCGAUACACUUGGUGGAUCGAUGUUGCCAUGCCAACCAUUAAUGCCUCACUUUGGGCAAGAGAUCAUUGCCCCGUUCUCCCAGUCUGUGGUCCUCCGGGGGACACCACUUGACAGGGUCAAGAGGCCACCACAGCCAGACUUGAACUUGUAUCACCAGUGUUACGAUGAGGAAGAAAUGCUCAGGAAUUAUUUAUUAUCAAACUAUCCAAGAACACUAAGUUCUGGUCGAUGUGUCCAACAGCCAUGUAAAACCACAGCACCAUUUCCACACCUUUUCAAUGCCGAGGUGAAUAGAGAUGGAUUUCUUUUUGAUGAAGAGAGAAAGAAGGAACAAGGUGUUGAGAGUAUCCCAUUGAUGACUAGUCUACAGUCCAGUCCUGCCGUCAAAAAUCUUCUCAGUUGCCUACUCACUGAAGCACGUAAACUGGACAUUCAUAAAUUCCAUGGGUAUCUGGAGGAAGGCUUAGAGGAGGAUGAGUAUAAGGAACAUCUGAAUGACUUGGAGCAACUUAUACCAUGCUACUUGACUGAAUUAGAAAAGGAAGUCAAUGAUGAUGACGAUGAUGAUGAAGAUGACUGAGCUGAAACUGACAAGUAUGUCACAACGUGGACAAAUCUUGCCAAACUCCUUCACAAUUAUUGAUUAUAGGGAGGCUUGUGGCAAUGUUUGUCAUGUUUUUAAUUGAAGUUGGUAUAAAGGGAUUUGUGAUAGUAGAGGUGCUGUUGUCAGUCGAUGAGUGCCCUGAUUACGCGCCAUAAAGUUAGGGUUUGAAUUCCACCACAGUACCCUUUGGCAAGAUGAAAGGGAGUUAAGACUUUACGUUGACAUAAUAGUAAUGCCAUUCCAAGGCACUGCAUAUGUGUCACGCUCUUUCUCAUCAAGAAUGUGAAAACUGUGAUUACCAUGUCAGAUCUGGGAUGUCAUGCAUUUGCAUAUGUCCAUUUGUUUUUCACAUAGGUUAUGUCAUCAAAAGCUGACUUUCCUUGCCCUAUGUGCCCAGUGUGAUCUAUAAGGUUUUUCAUGUGUAGUCAAACAGACCACUGGACAAUAUUGGCAUGAUCAGUAGACUGGGAUACAGACUUUAUCUACAUAUGCCCCUCUCCACCCAGGUUAUAAAUUGGUGUCUGUAAUGGUUUGAAAGUUGCUGUAACUUCUGAAGGUUGCCAUGGCGAAGAAAAGUAGUGUAGUAUAUAGGUUUCAUCGAACACCAUGUAUCUUUCUUGGGAAAAUGUUGGUCCUGGAAAGGACAACACAAACUCAACGUUUCGACAAGUGUGUUCUUGUCUUCAGGAGAAUGAAUACGUGAUGUAAGAUACAUGGUGUUCCUACUACACUAAAGUUGACGUAGUUUACAUAUUUCAAUAUGUCCGAUAAGUUGGAGAAUGUACAAACUUAACAGGCAUGCCAGAAUCCAUUUAAUUUGGAUAAUUAUUUGUUGAGAGCUUGAUAGACUAUCAAGCUCUAUUGUUCAUAUAUGACAGGAGUUAUAGAAAAGAUGAAGAGUAUCAAUAAAGAUAUAUGUGUCUGAAAGAGUUAUAACGGACAAAAUAAAAAAGACUUUGAUCACACCAUGCUAUGAUCCUACCCCUUGAUGAAUAAUUAGAAAAGGAUGUGAUUAUAAAGAAUAUUAGACAUUGUUCUGUUAUUCAUAACUGAAAUACAAAGCGGUGCCGUUUUCAUUAUUCAUUUUCCAUCAGAGGAAAUUGUGUGCAAAUCUCACUCCAUUUCCAUCUCAAGAAUUUCAUUCAUACUGUGCUGCACUCCACUCGGGUGGGAUGAAUGGAAAACUGGAAGAAAUUUAUUCCUUGAAAUGAAGAGUUCAUUACAGCUACUCUUCAAAGCCCAGGUUAUUCAUGCUGCAUUGUUUUUUGCAAAAUUGGUUGCUGUAUCUAAAAAUUAUGACAAUUUCCAUUAUGAGUAGCUCAUAAAUUGGUGGGUUUAGAAAAUGGAUCCAUGGCAAAUGAAUGCAGAGUGGCUGUUUGUAAAGUUACUUUUAACAUUUUGAGCAGCUGACAAUGAAGUGCCAAAUGAAAUGCCCAAAAUUCCCUUUUCCCCAUUGAUUUGUGAAAAGUGUUAUGGUAUUCCCCAUAAUUUCAGUUGAGUAUUAGUAAGGGCAUAAAAGUACAUCUAUGAUAAGAAUCUUUAUAGAUCACAUUUUGACUCGAUGAAGCUUAAAGCUGAUGGAAUUUAAAGAUAUACUCUGGGCUGGAGAUAUUUAUAUCUCAAUAAUUAGAGUAGAAUUCACAGAGCAAAAUGCUGAAAAUUUCAUCAAAAUCAGAUAACAAAUAACAGAGUUAUUGAAUUUCAAAGAUUUACAUUAUUCUGGUGAAAUAUUCAUUAGGUGGGCUGAUGAUGUCAUAUCCCUACUUGUUCUUUUGUAUUUUAUUAUAUGAAAUUAGGUUUGUUCAAAAUUUUCCUACCAAGAACUAAAACAAUUGGAUGGACAACUGAUUAAGUGCAUUAGUUAUUUCUUGCUGCAACUUAUUUCAUAAUAAUGGAGACACAUCACAUACACAUUUGUGAAAAAAUGAAGCAGUUAUGAUUUCAUGUAACAUAAGAAAGAGGAAAGUGGGGAUGUGACAUCAUCAGCCCACGUAAUGAAUAUUCAUGAAGACAUACAUGCCUAGAACAGUUUCACCGGAAUAAUACAAAUCUUAAAAAUUCAAUAAAUUUUUUAUUUGUUGUCCAAUUUUGAUGAAAUUUUCAGCAUUUUGCUCUGUGAAUUUUACUCUAUUUAUAUAGCUAUAAAUAUUUUAAGCCUGGAGCAUCUUGUUAAAAUCAUAAGAAAUCACAUCUGGCUUGUCAUAUUAAAGUCACUCACUCACAUUUAGGAUCAAUUGUAUGAACCCCUCACCCCUGGAAGAACAUACUCAAGUCAUAUCAUCUCAUCAUAAUAAGACUAUGAUUAGAGAGACAAAAAGAAAAAGAUUUAUGGAGGAUGAAUUAUGAUUAUGAUAAUCAAAGUAAAUGCUAAAUGGCUGAUUCCACGAAGUGGCACACGCGACCGUUGAUGCGCGAAAUCACUUUUCAAGAUAAAAGCGAAUAAAGAUUUUUACAUAUUCAACUACCCGUUGCUAUAUGAUUGUGAAGUUUAACAGAAUGAAGAAUGCCCAAAUCAAGAGCCAGGUAUCUACUGCUGCAUUCCAUGAUAAAAAUUUAUCAAAUGAACAUCAAAUCUUGACAUAGCAGUGAUUGAAACACAAGUGUUGUUUUGUGCGUGGAAAUGGGGCGCACCUGUGUGCCACUUAGUGGAUUUUUUUUACAAGGAUUUUGAGGCUAGUGUCGCUUUUUCACUUUAAUUUUCUCAUUAAUUAGAGAAAGUUGGGUUCUAAAUUUCGGUGAAAUGAUAGACCAUAGCUAGAGAAUACUAAAACUGAAAGAAACUUAAAAUUGACUUUUCACAUGAUUUUGGGACUUUGUGCCACAUUGUGGAUUCAGCGACAAUGAGGGCCAUGUUUCAUUAAAAAACUCUGCAAUAACAUGGUAUAAGCUUCUAAAAUCAUUGAAUGUGAUUGGCCAAAAACAAAUUUUAUGUUUAGUGUUAUGUUACCAGGUCUAGGUUCUUGCUGUGUGAAGGUUGUUUCUUUAUUUAUAGACAAUUUCAAAUGUGAUUACUCCAAUCGUUUUUAUCAAUGAAAUUAAGAGAUAGACUCAAACUGCUUGGUUUGUGAUACUAUUUAUGAGAGGCUGCAGUUCUUUGAUUAUGAUUCACGGCAUUGAGAAAGUAUUAGAGUUUUGGUAGGCCCUCUGAAAUGUUAUGGAAGAGUGAUUUUUUAUGGAGUCCGUAAGAAGAUGAAAGCAAUAAAAUACUGUUUCCUUCUUAAGUUGAAUAGUGAACAGACAAAAUGACUAGUAUCAUGUAUACGCUUUGACAAAGACAAAUGAUUAAGAGAUAUUCAUCUUUGCCAUUGAGUUUGCACACAUAGAUGUCAAAAAAUAAUGGUGAAUUCCAUUAAUUUAUUUAUUAAUUUAUUUAUUCAUUCAUUUAUAUUUCACCAGGUUAGCUCAUUCAACAAAAGUUGAUAUUCCAUGAGGCACUGUAUAACAAAUAAUAUGUGAGAGACUGACUAAAAUACAUUUUUUUGCAGCAGAUUCUUACUACAACAACCUUAGUACUGUACUAUUGUUGGUCAAAGAAGCAGCUUUUAAAUCCAACUAAAAUCAUAAGAUCAUCAUUAUCAGAUUAUCAGCAUGCAAUUAUUAUUCCAUUAAUAUAUUCAGUACUGUCCUCACAAGUUCUGCCAAUUCUAAAUCCAGUCUAAAUAAGGAUUUCAGUCCAUGGUUUUCUAAAAGGCUAUUUUUAUCAGUUUUCUUGAUAAAUGUAUUGUAACAAAUGAAAUGGUUUGAGAUGAAUCUGCUAGGAGUGUAAUAAUGAGAGCAUAUUUUUUAAUUUCUAGACAUUUUGUUGAUCACAGGUCUUGCUCAGCCUCAUGGACAAACCUCCAGGCUUCUCUAUGAUGCAUUUUGUACCAUGUGGCAAAAAGCAGUAAAUGAAUCCAGUUUAUUGUUAUUAUUAUUAACCAUGCAAUGCUAUUGAGCUUUAACAUAUCAAGAAAUUGAAUUAAUGGUAAGUUUUCUAUAAUAUUACAUAUUCAAGUUACUAGAGGAAAUGAUAAAAUUGGAUGGAAGUUGAUGCAUUUCAACAGCAAUCAUGGGGUUCUGUAAGUCACAUAUUAAGGGAGUUUGUUUUUCAAGUGUGCUUUUUAUACUUUGUCUAUUUAUUGAUAUGAUUGAUGAAAUGAUGAAAAUAAAUUUGACAUUGAGUCAAAUUAUGACGAAAGUCAUAGUAUCACAA